GCGCGCUUUGACUGUAGUCAGGAAGAGAAAUAAAACACUUGCAUCACCAAGAUGAUUGGCAUGAACUUCCGAAAAGUGUUGCUGCCGAUACUGGCUAUCAUAUCCUUACACUGUAAAUGUACGGUGUUAACUGAGCCAAGAUGUCCACGGUUCGAGUUUGAGGAGAGGCUGCUGGAAAAGUUAAUACGCCUAGAAGUUGCCAUGGAACAGAUGAAAGACCAAACCUCGGCGACCGGUAACCGGCUGGAAAACUGCAUGAAUGAAGUGGACAGGCUCAAGCUCGAUUUGAACCAUACUAAGGAACAGCUACGAGUUCCUACGAUCUUAUUCAAGGCCACGAAAGUCAGCAAUAAAACCCCAAACCAAGGUCAAAUUAUUGUCUUCAAGGAAACGCUCAGUAACUAUGGUAACGGCUACGAUAGUAACACGGGAAUAUUCGACGCUCCGGUAUCCGGCUCCUAUCUCUUCACGGUGCAUUUGUGCUCAGAACCGGGUAUCUAUAUUGUUUCCAAUCUCGUCAAUGACGGAAGGAUACAGACCACUGACUCAAACUAUGAAAAGGAGGGAAAGAUUUCAGGCAUUACAAUGUUACAGGCGGCCGGCCACCAUGACAUGUGUCAACAUCUCGAAUUUGGAAAUAAAGUCACAGUUUUGACUUUAUUGAAGUACAGUGCGACAGGUGGUUUGCAAUAUAUAUAUGGAUAUAUCUAAUGAAUCUGUAACGAACGAUAUGACUUAGGUUAGUAUACUUUGAAGUUUGUGUGUUCUUUAAGUUAGUACUUACAGAAAUGCAACCACAAUUUACACCUACAACCAUUAUACAAUGCAAACUACAGUUACAAGAGCAUUAGUCGAAAAAUAGUCCAGUUUAGAGGAAAAAGGCCAGGGUGCAAACUGCAAUGGAGUACAGACACAAGCGGCCAAAAUGUACCGAAAGCUUUGUUUAGAAUCACAAGGAAAAUGCCGAAAUUUAUACACUAAACGAGAGAUACAUAGUUGUCCUAAAAUCGUUAACAAGGACAGACUUCACAACAGCUUUCUGCACAACGGAAUAGUGAAAGAAGUUAUUGCAGGCCAGGGUCUUUGAUUUUUAAUGAAUAUCUCGCAUGUAUGGGCAUGUCAUUGCUGCACUAGUGUGGUUACUAAUGCAUACAGAUCACACUGACAUACUCAUGUGUUGUAUAUUAAGGUGAUGUAUUGCCAGUUGCAGACUUAGCUCAGUGCAUGUGGACAUCAGCUGUGGAGACAGGGCUCUACUCAAUACCAUCAGAAUUUUCACAUUAGAUCCGUCCAACAUACAUUUCCGUUUUCAUUUGCUUCAUUCUCAUAUAAAUCCAAUGGAUAUUUAAAUCUGAUUUUGAUGUUAACAAAUCCGUUUGUUAUUGGUGCUUAAGAGUCAUCUACAGUUUCUAUGAAAUAUAGUUUGACCGUAUAUUAUUUAGGGGUAGAAUUAAACAUAUCUACACCAACAGGCUAGAAGAUUUCCAAAACGAAAUAUAUUGACAUAAUUUAUGGUUAAGUACCCAUAAACCGCUGCCAUGCACUGGGUAUGUAUGUUGUGAUAAGAGUGAGGGUUGUGCACUUGAACUGGUUUAAACCCCCAGUCAAUUUACAUUUUACUGACCGUUCCAAGGCGGUACCUAACAAUCCUUGAUAAACAUACCUAGUGUUGUUAUAUAUAGUAUAUAUGCACUGUGCUGUUUGUGGAGUUUUGUGCUGUUCUUCUGUUUCUUGUUUGUGUUUUUAUGUCCUAUGUCUCUGGCGGUUGCCAUGUGGGUUUAUGUUUGAACUGAGCUUGUUUCUGUAGUUUUUCGCACAGAUAUUGUUACAGUGUGUGUCCAUCGUUCAAUGCCAUUGAGUGCCUUUAAUCAGUAGACUUUGAUCCCUUUGUCUUUUAAUAAACAAGGCCGUUUUAAAUAUAUACUUGGUUACUCGGCCGAUCCUUGUCUAAAUAUUGAUAAUUUCGACACAGGAGUUGUGCAUGCACUUUCGAUUAUAACUGAUGUUAAGCAAACGAAAAGGAUGUAUUACUUUAAACAGUGAACCUGUAAAUGUAGCUGUGUGGACUGAUUUUUGGUGUGUUUUCUUUUUAUUUAAGCAAUGACUAAACAUUUAUCUACUGCAUUCUGUUUAUAAUUUUGCAAUAAAGUAAUUGUAUUUAAA